AUGAAUUCAUUACCCGCGACGACGACCAUCUGCGCCGCCGCCGCUGCCGCCUUCGCCUUCGCCGUAUCCUUCGCCGUUGUCGUCAUUGACGAACGAACGGUCGCACUACCAACCGGUUGUGCGGUGACUGUAGGCCGUUCCUGCUUUCCUUGCCUCAUACUCCCUCAUUUACCCUCACUAUUCGUCGUCGUCGUCGUCACGCUCUGUCCGUACGCCCUGAUUAUGAACAACGAGCCAUCGUCAUCAUCAUCGCCGUCGCCUUCGUCUUCGAACCCUUACUGGCAAGUAACAGACGAUGACUGUUUCCAGUUCGACCGUUACCCAUUUCCUCGCCACGGUACUAAUUUUCCUCGACUGCCAUGCUACCAUCGUCUUCGCCAUUCUGCUCUUCCGCCUCCUUCACCGUUGCCGCCGCCUCCGCCGCCGCCGCCGCCACCGCAGUCUCAACCGCUUCCCACUUCUUCUCCGUCGAACUUCUGUCGCCAGUGGGGUCACCAUAUCCCGUCGCAACCGCCCCUACCGCCCCUACAUCAUACUCAACUACAGACCCCCCUUUCUACCGGUGCCAUCGCCACUUCCUCUGACGAUGACCUCGCUGCGUCAUUCGUGCCGUUCCUCAACGCUGCCGCCGCCGCCGCUGCCGCCGCCGCUUCCUCCUCGUGGUAUCUGCCCUCGCCGACGGAAGUGAGUUGCAUCGUCACUCGCCGCUUGCGUUUUCAGUUUGGUCUGUUAGUCGUGAUUGUCCAUCAGUUCUCCGGCACCGAGUUGGAUCCGCCGUCGUGCCGAGACUUCACUGCUGCCGCCACCGCCACCGCCGUCGCAAAGCCCGUCCAUUCCUACCGCCGAAUGCCGGAAGCUUCGACGUCCCCCGUGUCUUUUCCGUCCGCGGUUAUGUCUACCGGUCAGAACUCCCUACCGUAUGACUCCGGAAUGAUGGUGAACACCGGCGAUCAUCCGAAACGUCGUUCCGGCGGUCGGCGUCCGAAGGAAGAACAGAUCCAGUUAAGCCCGGAAGAAGAGGAAAAACGUCGCCUUAGACGACUGAGGAACAAAGAAGCGGCAGCCCGGUGUCGCCGCCGUCGUCUCGAGCAUAUGUCCAAGCUGCAGGCGGUAUUUUUCGUUCUUUCUUUCUUUCUUUCUUUACCUUAUGUUUCCGCCAGCCGGCUCCGCUACGCUUUCGCCUUGUAA